AUGAUGUGCUGCCAAUUUACGCAUAUCCACACCAAAUGGGGAAAUCCGUUACGGGAGGCUACGUGUACCGGGGUUGCGAGUCUCCGAACUUGAAUGGCCUGUACAUAUUUGGUGAUUUUAUGAGUGGACGCCUGAUGUCUCUGAAGGAGAAUCGCGCCACCGGAGAGUGGCAGUACAGUGAAAUCUGCAUGGGGACGGGCCAAACGUGCAUGUUCCCUGGGCUUAUCAAUAACUAUUACCAAUACAUCAUCUCCUUUGCUGAAGAUGAAGCAGGGGAACUUUACUUCAUGUCUACCGGCGUCCCCAGUGCCACGGCUCCCCAUGGAGUGGUGUACAAAGUGGUGGACACCUCAAGGAGAGCACCACCAGGAAAAUGCCGAGUUGAGCCAUCGCCAGUGCAAGUCAAGAGCAAACUCAUCCCAUUCGUGCCAAAGGAGAAGCUUAUUGUGAAAACAACAACGCCACGUCCCCGGCUGAAGGCCACAACCACGGCCCCACGGAGAGGCAGGCCAGGCCUCCAAACCCCCCCGCCGAGCGGCCGGGCCUCCAGGCCCAGGAAGGGAGGAGAGAGGAAGGGGCAGCGCAAGAAGAAGAAACCCCCCGGCACAGCCCCACCGCUGCGAAAUGGCGCCGUGAGGCUGAUGGAUCGGCGACCGAGCCGCGGCCGGGUGGAGAUUUAUAUCGACGGCGAAUGGGGCACGGUGUGCGACGAUGGCUGGAGCUCGCUCGGUGCCGCCGUGGUGUGCCGCCAGCUGGGCUUCCCCCACGUGGUGCGGGCCAGCAAGAAGGCAGAAUUUGGGGAAGGGACCUCCCUUCGCAUUCUCCUGGAUGACGUCCAGUGCUCCGGGCAGGAGCAGACGCUGCUGGAGUGCUCCCACGCCGACGUCGGCACGCACAACUGCUCCCACGAGGAGGACGCCGGCGUGGUGUGCAGCCGGGAGGAGGUGGCAGAGUGGUGA